AUGGAUGAAACACACCCUGAUCCGCUCGAUCCCAUGAGUUAUACGACGCAAAGGCUCCCCUUCCGUGAUAAUACGUUGGAUAAUGCGCAGUUGACGACACGUUGUCCGCUUGACAAUGGCCGACACACCGACGCGUCCAUCCCCGCGAGGCAUUCCGUCGGCCAUCUCGACCAGCUUCCAGCAGAGCUGCUCAUCCAGGUUCUGCUAUGUACCGACAUCCCGUCGCUAACAGCUUUCCGCCGUGUCAACCGCCGCGCCAUGGAGCUGGUCGACUCGGUACCCGAGUACGCCGCCAUCAUCAAGCAUUGCCCCGACAUCAUCCGCGCCAUACUCGCCGUCGAGGCAGAUGCAUUUGACUGCCGUGUACUAUACAGAACCCUGAGCACAAGCCGAUGCUCCACGUGUUCGCAUUUUGGCGACUUCCUCUACCUUGUUGACUGCCGCCGAGUCUGCUACUUCUGCUUCACCGAGCGGCUAGAAUACUUUCCUCUCACAAUCGGCCGCGCAUCACGCUUGCUCACCCCCGACCCGACACGGCCGCGCGUCACUCGUCGCCAGUUACUGCGUGAGGCAAACCCCCCUAGUAUUCUGAGUUUACCUGGGUGGUACUGUGCCCCCUGGAACGGUGACGAGGGCAAAUUGGCGCGGAAUCGGCUUCAACUUUUUGACCGGCGAGCAUUGAUUCAGGACCUGGAGGGUUCUGGUCUUCCAAAUGACGACAAAUUUGACAGGGAACCUCUGCGGUUCAUGGCCAUCAUUACCGCACCGUACUUGUUCGAUUCUGGUCGGCAGGCCGAUUGGGGAUACUUCUGCCUUGGCUGUGGUGAGGAGUCUGAUGAUGAGGAAACGACGGAUGUCAGGAUGAAAUACCUGAGAGAGGAGGUUUUGGAGCACAUGGUGAGGUAUGGACCGGUGAGGGAGGUGCCAGAUGAGUGGGACACGUUCAUGCAUGUCAAUCAAAUCUGA